AUGUCUGUUGUAGAAGAACUUCCCGAACUAGAUUUCACCGAGGCAUUGAAAGAUUCACCGAGAUUUAGGCAAGCAGUUUUGGCACAUGAACAGUACUUCAAUAAGUUGGAUUUAAAAAUAAAUGAAGUAUUACUGUUACUCAACAAUGUGGCUGAACAUGGAAAGAAUUAUGUUCAUGAUUUCUACUCAUUAUCAGUUCUUAUUAACCAGUUAUGUUGCGAAUUACUUCCACAAGAUCCAUCACUUUUGUUGGCGCUCAAAUCGUUAUCGGAUGUUUUUGCUCAAAUUGUACAUAUCUACAAAUCAUUCGUCGAGCAGUCUUUUUUGGCGAUUACAAAUAAUCUCACUGUCUUUCUUAAGAAUGAACGUUCUAAGGUGACUGAAACGCGUUGUCACUUUGAAAGUUUAUCUAACUCACUUGAUGAAGCACUUUCAAAACGUGCUGCUGUCCAUCGAGCUCGACCAACAGAAGUUUCAGAUGCUCGAAAUGCACUUACUGCUAUUGGGACUUGUUUCGCACAUACUGCAUUGGAUUAUGUGGCCCAGAUAAAUAUCGCCCAUGUACACAAGGAUCAGAGUGUUCUCGAUGCUCUGUGGUCUUUUGUGAAAGAAUGUAGCUCAUUUUUCGCACGUGGGCAUAUAUUCUUUGAUGAGUGGAUGGCUGUAGAAAGUGGUGCAAUUGCUGAUACCUUGUCACUGCUUGCUAAUAAAAGUAAAUGUGUAAAAAGAAAGAUGCAAGAUCGGCACGCGUUAGUACCCAAGGAAGUGUUUUUGCAUCCAACAGGAAUAUCUCCUGAUGAUGACGUUGUUAUGGAGGGCUAUCUUUUUAAGAGAGCUACAAAUGCUUUUAAAACUUGGCAUCGACGUUGGUUUCAAAUAAAGGAUAAUAAAUUGAUAUAUUCUCACCGAUCUGAUGCUGCCGAGACUCCUACUGUAAUGGAAUCAGACUUAAAAUUAUGUCUUGUUAGACCGGCGCCUCUGACAUUUGAAAGGACUUGUUGUUUUGAAUUGGUCACACCAACGAAAAAUCAUUUGUUGCAAGCUGAUUCUGAUACAUUAUGUAACGCUUGGAUGCGAGCUCUUCAGCGAACAAUUCAUUAUUUACAUGAGAGUGAUGAUGCUGUAGCUCGGCCGACAAUUAUUACUAAGCAAAUUGCUGAUGCAGCACCUGAAUUAACUUUGACUCUUCAACACGAAUCGUUGUUGGCUGAAUUAAGAAAGAUUCCAGGCAAUGAUGUUUGUGCUGAUUGCAGAGCCGAUUCUCCAAAGUGGGCUAGUAUCAACCUUGGAGUCUUACUAUGCAUAGAGUGUUGUGGCAUACAUCGAAGCUUUGGUGUACAAGUUUCAAAGGUUCGUUCACUGAUUAUGGAUACACUGGAACCUGAGCAAAAGAAGGUGUUACUUGUAUUAGGAAAUCAAGCAGUGAACUCGGUUUAUCUUGCUCAUAUUCCUUUGGUUAAAAUGAUGCCACCACAACCGGUUGCUUCUUCUGCAAGAGCGACGCGUGAAAUAUGGAUUAGGGCGAAAUAUAUUGAAAAACGAUUUGUGAAAAAAAGCUGUGGCCGAAAUUCAGCAAUAAAGCGUACAGAGGAUUAUCAGCACAAAUUUUGUUUAUCUCAAGAAUCGUAUUCAGAUCAAGCAACUUCUCUUAGUCGUUGCUUAUCAGAACCAUCGUCUCACUUAGAUCGGGAACAGCAGUUGAAUGGUUAUUUCUUUGAUACGAUAUGGAAACCUCUCUUAGAUACGAAAUGUCACCUUGACCAUAAGAUUCCUGUUUGUGGAUCAGAUUCAAAUAUAGAUAAAACAGAAGUAAUUAACAUUGAUCAUGAUAAUAGAGCUUUGCGUGCUGCAGCAGAGGGCGACACUUUAGGAUUGUGUCAACUUAUUGCAGAAGGCUUUGAUGUAAAUACUUUGUUAAAUGAUACAACAAUGCUUCAUGUUGCUAUAGAGCAUGAUCAGAGUACAGCCGCGGAAUUUCUUCUACUCAAUGGCGCCAAAGUGAACGCAUUAGAUUCUUUUCACAAUACUGCAUUACAUAUUGCAGCAUCGAAAGCAUGCACGUUAAUUGUUUGUCAACUAAUGAAACGUGGGGCUGACCAACGUUUACGAAAUCAAUCAGGCGAAACACCUUUGGAUUUAGCUAUAGAAGGCAAACAUGCAGAUAUUGUAACAUUGCUUCGAGUGCAAGAGAUGCGUGAUGAAUUUUGUGACGAAUUCAAUAAUCCAAUGGAUGAAACAGUAGAUGAUGUAAUGCAAGACAUUAGCCGGAAAGUCGAUCCGUCUCUUCGAUAA